AUGAUUUCAACUAUCUGCCGCCAUUUUUCUACUGCUAGACCAGUACUCACCAGACUUGCAACCAAUGCUGCCGUCAAGUCUGCAACAGCUUCUGGCGAAUCCGGCGCUUUGGGGGCUUUACAGUACGCAUUGUCCUUGGAGGAACCAAUCCAUUCGUGGACAAAAUCUCAAUUGAAGGAGAUCUACGAAACACCACUGCUCGAGCUUACGCAUGCGGCACAGUUGCAACACAGGAAAUGGCACGAUCCUUCCAAGGUCCAGCUGUGCACAUUGAUGAACAUCAAAUCCGGUGGUUGUUCUGAAGAUUGUAAGUACUGUGCGCAAUCCUCGAGAAACGAUACUGGGUUGAAGGCUGAGAAAAUGGUCAAGGUGGACGAGGUGAUCAAAGAGGCAGAAGAGGCUAAAAGAAACGGCUCCACCAGAUUUUGUCUUGGUGCUGCCUGGAGAGACAUGAAGGGCCGUAAAUCUGCCAUGAAGAGAAUUGAGGAAAUGAUUUCAAAAGUGAACGAUAUGGGAUUGGAAACAUGUGUUACUCUGGGUAUGGUCGACCAAGACCAGGCAAAGCAGCUGAAGGAUGCAGGUUUGACCGCAUACAACCAUAACAUUGACACCUCUAGAGAACAUUACAGUAAAGUCAUCACCACCAGGACCUAUGAUGAUAGACUACAAACCAUUAAGAACGUCCAAGAGUCCGGAAUAAAGGCCUGCACUGGUGGUAUCUUGGGUCUAGGUGAGAGCGAAGACGACCACAUUGGUUUCAUUUACACGCUGUCCAACAUGACCCCACACCCAGAGUCCCUACCAAUCAACAGACUUGUUGCUAUCAAGGGUACUCCAAUGGCCGAGGAACUGGCCGAACCAACAAGUAAGAAACUGCAAUUCGACGAAAUAUUAAGAACUAUCGCCACAGCCAGAAUUGUCAUGCCUAAGGCGAUCAUAAGGCUUGCUGCUGGUCGUUAUACAAUGAAGGAGACCGAGCAAUUUGUCUGUUUCAUGGCCGGUUGUAACAGUAUUUUCACCGGUAAGAAAAUGCUUACAACCAUGUGUAACGGUUGGGAUGAAGACAAAGCCAUGUUGGCUAAGUGGGGACUACAACCUAUGGAAGCCUUCGAAUAUGAUAGAUCCUAA